AUGGCCUCCGCAGCACCCUCGGCGGCCCCGAACACCACGGUGGGGCCGACGGGAGGCAACACCAGCGCGCCGGAGCGGCCGCUGUUCCACCUGUUUGCGCUGCUGGACGAGGAGCUGCACGCCGCCUUCCCAGGCCUGUGGCUGGCGCUCAUGGCCGUGCACGGGGCCAUCUUCCUGGUGGGGCUGGUGCUCAACGGGCUGGCCCUGUACGUCUUCUGCCGCCGCACCCGGGCCAAGACGCCGUCGGUCACCUACACCAUCAACCUGGCGGUGACCGACCUGCUGGUGGGCCUGUCGCUGCCCACGCGCUUCCUGGUCUUCCACGGGGCGCGCGGCUGCCUGCCCUGCGCCUUCCCCCACGUCUUUGGCUACUUCCUCAACAUGCACUGCUCCAUUCUCUUCCUCACCUGCAUCUGCGUGGACCGCUACCUGGCCAUCGUGCGGCCCGAUGGCGCCCAGCGCUGGCGCCAGCCAGCCUGCGCGCGGGCCGUGUGCGCCUGCGUGUGGCUGGCGGCCGGCACCAUCACGCUGUCCGUGCUGAGCGUGGCGGCCAGGGGCGGGCCCUGCUGCCGGGUCUUCGCGCUGACUGUGCUGGAGUUCCUGCUGCCGCUGCUGGUCAUCAGCGUGUUCACAGGCCGCAUCGUGUGCGCGCUGUCCCGGCCCGGCCUGCUGCGCCAGGGCCGCCAGCGCCGUGUGCGGGCCAUGCAGCUGCUGCUCACCGUGCUGGUCAUCUUCCUGGUGUGCUUCACGCCCUUCCACGCCCGCCAGGUGGCCGUGGCCCUGUGGCCUGCCCUGCCGCCCCGCACCAGCCUCGUGGUCUACCACGUGGCCGUGACCCUCAGCAGCCUCAACAGCUGCCUGGACCCCAUCGUCUACUGCUUCGUGACCAGCGGCUUCCAGGCCACGGUCCGCGGCCUCUGCCGCUGGCGCAGGGCCGAGGGCGAGUCGGGCAGCGGUGACGUGGCCAGCACGCAUAGGAGCUCGGGCCGCCGGCACGUCCUCAGCGCCAGCCCCGGCGCCCUCACGCAGGCCCUGGCGAGCGGGCUGGAGGCCUAGUGGCCGCACUCUGCGAGGGAGCCAGAGGUCCGGGCCAGGCCAGCCGGCUCCCCCAAGCAGUAGAUCGGCCUCGCUGGACAACGGGUGGCGGCGCCUGCGCAGGAGAACCCAGGGCUGGAGUCGACAUGUCUGCCCGCUCCAGGCCGGGCGUGGCAGCCUGAAUGUCAUCAUUGGCCAUCCCCUCGAAGGGUGGCCAGGAGCUGCUUCUUAUGAGGACCAUUCUGUCCCCAGGAGGGACAAUUUCUUAGGCACUGGGAAUUCCAAAGGGGGUUAAAAAGACAACCUAGAGAGGUCCCCCUUCCCCCACUUCCUUUCCCCACUGAAACAGAAGAACAAGAACAGAAAGGAAACGCCAUGGACACCCCUCAUGUGAGUGGCUGUGAGGGGUCCGUGUCUCUGUGGGCCCCCGAGCCCUGCAUGAGCUGUACAGUAAGACAGCGAGACACCCGUGGGUGCUGUGCUGUGCCCAGGUGCCUUGGAAUUGGGGUUGACCCCAAGCCUGCACCAUCUACCAAGCUAGAGGGGUUCGGCCACACAUGCACCACCCCACUGGGCCAGGACUGGGUCAGAAUCAAAACCCAGCGCCUUCCCAGCGCCCCUGCAGCGGGAAGUUCUCUGAAGAAGCCACAGCUGUGCCAGGAGGCCGGUGAUUAGGGGCCACCCUGUGGCUGCAAAGGUCCCGAGCAGACACUGCCCUGGGCCCGGCCCUGGCCCCUCCACAUAGCCUUGGUCCUCCCCUGCACGGGAGGGAGCAGCUCUGUGCCUCGGGCCUCUGCUCUGAUCACCUCCUCCAAGCUGGACUCUUGGAUUGCCUCCUGUCGGGAUCUGCGCUGCCUGGAGCCUCUCCGGACGGCUGUGUGGGGAGGAGGCCUGAGGCGCCUGGCCAAGCCGGCACCUCCCGGCCCUGUGCACUCCUUACUCUUGGCCCCAAGCACUGAAGCAGGUGAGGUGGAAUUGGGACCCCAGGUCUGCCCUCUGUCUGCGGAGAAGUCCUACAUGCUCGCUGGCUCCAGGCAGAGGGCCCUGGCCUCCAAGUUCAGGGCCCUAGAGAAGGGCCUAGUAGGGAGGCAGGAAGCCACUGAUGCCCUAUUCCAUGUGGGGAGCCAGGCUCUGGAGGGAAAGACCUUACCAGGGCUAGGGUGUGAGGCUGGCGCCUGGACGAGGCCUGCACUGUCGCCACCACCACGCCAGCUCGUGGGGCCAGCGCCUCUGGCCUGGGACCUCUGUGGCAGCCCAGGUGGGAGAUGUUGGCCCAGGACCCAGAGCCCAUGGGAGACCAAAGCAGGAGGCAGCGGAGUUGCCGCCCCCGCCCGGGGCUGCUCCCUGUGUGGAUGCCCAGUGGGCACCAUGUCAGGGUCACUACAUCCUUGACUCCAAGUCAGCGCCAGAGCCCCCGUCCAUCGAGGAGUGGGCAGGCUGACCGGCCCGGGUGGAGUGGCCGAGGGGGAGGCAGGCUCUGGAGAGGAGGCGUGGGGAGGGGGUGCCCAAUGGGGAGCCUUCAGGCCAGAGCUCCCCCAGGCCCCGCCGGUAGAAGUCAGACUCCUGAAUCGGGGGACGGUGAGAGUCUUGUGUGCCCCAGUCCUGCCCCACCUGUAGCCUUUCCUGCCAGGUCAGCAGCCCCCUUCCAGACACCUGCACCCACACAAGUCACCCGGGGCCAGAGACCUGGCUCAUUGGAGCUCAAGGCCCCAGUGAUUACCAUCAGGCCCCAGCCCCACCCAAGCCAGGCCUCUGUGUAAGCUGAGGCAUGACACCUGCCCAUCCUGCUGCGGGCGAGGACCACCUCUUUGCCAUGGAAGGCAGAGGGCAGUGGGAAGCACAGAUGCACGGGGGAACAGCCCACGCACAGGCGGACACUCUAAAGUUCAGUGCUGGCCCCAUCUGCCAGUCACAGCCAUUUUCACGGCCCCCCUUCUUUUACAGCAUGAGGCCCCUCCUCUGCCACUAUCUGUACCCUGCCAGCCCUUCUGCCAGCCCCCUUCCCUGCCAUCCAAGCUCCAUCUCUGGUUCUCAACUAAUUCAUACUAAAGAGUGAGUGGCUGGCACUAGCUGCAGCUGUGCUUGGGGGUUGCGAUUUUUCUGGGCCCUUCCUCUAGGAUGAGGGGUGUCAGGCAAGCCAGCGUGGGUGUGGGUGACUGAUGGGGACCUGUUGGGUCCUGUGUCUGCAGCCGUCCACCACUGCCCAGGAGACCCUAGUCCCCAGGACAGGCAUGUGUGGAGGCGCGAGCCAUGGCAGGAAGGCACCUGAGCGCCCCCCUUGCCCCCAUCUGUGGCCACAUCAUUUACUGGGUUCCUGGGGACUGCAAGGGCUUUAGGGGCAAAGAGUCCCCAGGGUGCAGGGGGAGCCUCACCACUCAUACUCAACAUUGGGGGAGGGGUGGCGGGCCUCUGAGCACCCCAUACCUCCGAGAGCCAGAUCUGACACCCCUUCUGUAGACCCUGGGCUAGCGGUUUCCCCUCUUUCCACCCCUCCCCUCGGCCUUGCAUCUGGAGGCCCAGGCUGAGGGCUCAGGCCCCUGGGAUCUUGCCUAGGACCCCGAGAAGCUUGCUUCCUCCUCCUGAUGCUGCCUCCCGCCCUCUCUGGCCACCUCUCUCGGGGCCCAGGCCAGGAGCCUCUGCGAGCUAGAGCAGGGCUGUGGCGGUCCUCGGGGCCCUGGGGUGAGACCUCUGCACCCUGUCCCACGCCUCUCUUCCUGGAGCCUCGCAGGCGGAGUGACGUGCAAAAGCUUGUGUAUUUACAUCUGGUGUAAACAAGCUCCUUAACGAGAAGUCCUCGUCCUGAAUUAAACCUCUUUAUUCCCUUCGCACCCUCGACUCAGUGCCCGGGCCUAGGCCGGGGUCUCCAUGGGGCGCUGAGCCUGAAGGGGGCCUGUGUGCCCCCACUUGCUGUCCUGUGGACAGGCCGGACCCCAGGGCACCAGAGGUGGUGUGUUUCGCCAUCUCUGUUGGGCAUGGGUUUAGGGACCCCCACCCAGCUCCAAAGGACAGGGGUUGGGGGUGAAGUAGUAGGUGUGGGGACAUGGUGGGGGCACAGGUCAGCAGAAUGAUGGGUCUGCCUCAUCCUGCCUGCCCAGGUAGAGUGUGGACAUGGACAGGUCAGGCAGAAUGCCCACAGCAUCCUAUCAUAUCACCAAAGGUAUGAUCUGGGGGAAGGAGGAGGAGAUGAUGGGUGGGCUGGUGACACCCACGGGAGAUGGAGGGACUAUGGCAUGAUUUAGGGUCUUACAAAAUGCCUGCAGCAUUGCCCCACCCUCUGUCCCCGCCUAUAAGCCUGAGAAAUCAGGUUGUCACCCCCAUUUCAUAGGCAGGGAGACCUGGGUUCCAGAAUGUCUAGGAGGGUGUUCAAACCUGGACCUCCAGGCCCCCAGUUCCCGCCUGCACCAGCACGGCCACUUCCAGCCGGGCCCAGGGACUUGGGCAGGACAGGGCUGUCUGGCACCCUCUGCGGCCGGAGGCGUCUGGAGGUAAAUAUUAGGGCCUGUUUAGAUUUAGGCUCCAUU